UUUCAGCUGAUUGCGCUUAUCUACCCCUCGUCCCCACCUCCGGUCCAUCUUAGGUCGCGAAAGCUUCACAAACAACCCGGAGAACAAGUAUUCGCCAUGGCCGAUCUACAGGGCCGCAAGAUCUUUAAGGUCUUCAAUCAGGAUUUCAUCGUUGAUGAGCGGUACACGGUUACCAAGGAGCUGGGCCAAGGAGCUUAUGGCAUUGUCUGCGCGGCCGUCAACAAUCAAACGAACGAGGGCGUUGCCAUCAAGAAGGUCACCAAUGUCUUUAGCAAGAAGAUCCUGGCCAAGCGCGCUCUGCGCGAGAUCAAGCUUCUGCAGCACUUCAGGGGCCACCGCAACAUCACUUGUCUGUACGAUAUGGACAUACCGCGACCGGACAACUUCAACGAGACAUAUCUUUACGAGGAGCUAAUGGAAUGCGACUUGGCUGCUAUUAUCCGGUCUGGGCAGCCGCUCACUGAUGCCCACUUCCAAUCGUUCAUCUACCAGAUCCUCUGCGGUCUGAAGUACAUCCAUUCGGCGAAUGUGCUGCACCGCGAUCUCAAGCCGGGCAACCUGCUUGUUAAUGCCGAUUGCGAGCUGAAGAUCUGCGAUUUCGGCCUCGCGCGCGGCUUCUCGAUUGAUCCCGAAGAGAACGCCGGGUAUAUGACCGAGUACGUCGCAACGAGAUGGUAUCGUGCGCCCGAAAUCAUGCUCAGCUUCCAGAACUAUACCAAAGCCAUCGACGUGUGGUCAGUAGGCUGCAUCCUUGCCGAGCUGCUCGGCGGCCGCCCGUUCUUUAAGGGCCGCGACUAUGUCGACCAACUCAACCAGAUCUUGCACAUCCUUGGCACGCCCAACGAGGAGACGCUCUCGCGCAUCGGCUCACCCCGCGCCCAGGAAUAUGUCAGAAACUUGCCUUACAUGGCGAAGAAGUCGUUCCCGUCGCUCUUCCCGAACGCCAACCCAGACGCCUUAGACCUACUGGACCGCAUGCUUGCGUUCGAUCCGUCGCGCAGAAUCUCGGUUGAGGCCGCGCUCGAGCACCCGUACCUCGCCAUCUGGCACGACGCCAGCGAUGAGCCGGACUGCCCGGCUACAUUCAACUUCGACUUUGAAGUGAUCGAGGACGUCAACGAAAUGCGCAAGAUGAUCCUUGACGAGGUCUUCCGGUUCCGACAACUGGUGCGCACCGCUCCCGGCUCGGGCGGUCACGGCGCCCCGGGCCAGCAACCCGUGGCGGCGCCGGUACCUCUGCCCGCCAAUGGCGCUCCCCAUCAGUGGACUGCGGAGGACCCCAGACCGCAGGAGUACGGGGCCGUGCAGGGGCUGGAGGCUGAGCUGGGUGGCAGAUGAGGAGUCUGCUACCCUGACUUUGGACUCGCUGCCGCUGCCAAGGCGCUCCUUGAUAAGUGGAACGUGGAUAAAGGCACGCUAAAGGUGUCCCAAUUCGAGG